CACUACUGGCCCAUUUCAGUGUUUUGUUUCGAGACCACAAUUUUAGUCACAAAAAACACCGACAGAGCAUACUCCUCCUUCUCCUGACAAGUUUGUCAAUGCCAGAUUCAGCCGUAACAAAACAAAAACCGCACGAUUACUUCCUUCUCUCGAUGGUACAACGUCUGCGUAAACGGAACAAAGUUCCAAAUCACAUGGAUAGGCUGUUCGCCUUGCUUUACAGGGCACGUCGGGUACAUAUCAUUUUUAGAUCGUUUCCAGAGCCACGCAAGUGCGACAGUCUGUUGAUGAGCCAUAUGUCACGCGAUAGUACUGUGACAGUGUUUUUUGUUGACUUCCAGUUCUCCUUUGACAAAGUAUUGAUUUAAGACGGGACAAAGCAAACAUUUGAGCUGUAAAUAUUAUCUAGGUUAAUGGAGAUAGUUGAAGACCACUGGGACGUGUUACAAUAAUUAAAGGUCGGAACUUUUAACAAUCAACAAGAACCUAAGCCAUUAAGUUGGUUGAGAAUGGCUAACAACAGGGAUGCCAAUGAGAGCACCCCUCUUUUGGACUCAGGUUCUGGGACCAGACCUUCACCACCAUCAGUUUUCCAGGGAAGAAGACUGGCAUGUGCAGCCAUCCUGCUGGCUGAAUCAUUAGAAAGGAUUGCAUUCUACGGCAUCACAUCCAAUCUUGUCCUUUUUCUCAAUAGUAGUCCCUUUUAUUGGGAGGGCACUCAGGCGAGCCAGGCACCUCUGAUGUUCAUGGGAGUUACUUACCUGAUUUCACCUUUUGGAGGCUGGAUGGCAGAUGCAUACCUUGGGAAAUUUUGGACAAUUGCUUCAAGUUUGAUCCUAUAUUUUAUUGGCAUGUUAUUUUUCCCUUUCAUUUCAAAUGAAGACACCAGGAUUCACCUAUGUGGAGAAGAGGUUGCAUUUCCUGUGCAACCUGCUGAGUGUCUGAGCACAAACAGUACCCCUCCAAGCAAUGUGACUUGCCCCAUUCGCGCCCCAUAUUGUGGCCCAGUAGUCUACAGUGGACUUAUUUUAAUUGCGUUAGGUGUGGGUACUGUGAAGUCCAACAUCACUCCCUUUGGGGCAGAUCAGGUCAAAGACAGAGGACCAGAGGCCACGCGCAGAUUCUUCAACUGGUUCUACUGGUGCAUCAACCUAGGAGCCAUCCUGUCUCUGGGAGGUGUGGCCUACAUCCAGCAAAACUUCAGCUUUGAGCUUGGCUUCAUCAUUCCCACUGUGUGCCUCGGGGUCUCCUUCCUGGUCUUUCUCCUGGGACGUACUGUCUUCAUCACCAAGCCUGCUGAUGGCAGUGCCUUCACAGAUAUGUUCAAGAUCCUGGGCUUCGCCUGCUGUUCCCAGAAACCAAAGGAGCCUAACCUGCUCCGCCACAAACCAACACUACUAGACAGUGCCAAAGUGACCUAUGGAGGAAAAUUUCCAGAAGAGAAAGUAGACGAAGUGAAAGCUCUGGUGAAAAUCCUCCCUGUUUUCUUUGCCCUUAUCCCAUACUGGACUGUGUACUUCCAGAUGCAGACAACGUAUGUCCUGCAGAGCCUCCAUCUGAGGAUUCCUGAUAGUGCCUCGAACAGCACUGCUGACUCCCACCAGAUGACGUUCCGCUUCCCGGCCGCCUGGCUCACCAUGUUUGAUGCAGUGCUCAUCCUUAUGCUGAUUCCCCUUAAAGACAAAGUGGUGGACCCCAUCCUGAAACGCCGCGGCCUGCUGCCUUCCUCUCUAAAGAGGAUUGCAGUGGGGAUGUUCUUUGUUAUGUGGUCAGCCGUAGCAGCGGGUAUUUUGGAGACAAAACGCCUGGAGAUCGUCAAAUCAAAUGGUACCAUUGACCAGGUGCUUGGCAACGUUAUCUACUACGCGGCAGAUUUACCCAUAUGGUGGCAAGUGCCUCAAUAUGUGCUGAUAGGAAUCAGCGAAAUCUUUGCCAGCAUUGCAGGUCUGGAGUUUGCCUAUUCUGCAGCCCCUAAGUCCAUGCAGAGUGCCAUCAUGGGGCUCUUCUUCUUCUUCUCUGGGAUUGGCUCCUUCGUGGGCUCUGGCUUGUUGGCUAUUGUCUCUGUCAAGGAGAUUGGCUGGAUGUCAUCCCACAAAGACUUUGGUAAUAUCAAUGACUGCUCUCUGCACUACUACUUCUUCCUCCUGGCAGGGAUCCAGGGCAUCACCUUGCUGUUCUUCCUUAUUGUCUCUGUCAAGUAUGACAAGCAGAGGGGUAGAGCAGGAAGCCAAAGGCAGAGACACACAUCCUCUUGACCCACACACACAUCCCCAUAUCCCCCUCACCACACCUGCCUUUUCCAGUCAUAUUGCUCAGUGCCCAAAGACCCUGUCGAAUAGUUACUAUUUACUAAUCAAAUCCUACAAAAGUUAGGUUUACCUCUGUCAGUCACAAAUGAUCCUGUCGAUUAUAUAUUUCUUAUUUAUUUUUAUUUUAGCUUUUAAGUGGGGAUUCUUUAUCCUUUUUUAUAACAAUAAUGGUUUUACAUCACUGGAUAAAUGCACAGGUAACUCCUCAUGUUAAAAAUACUCCAUGACUCCUCUGAAACUUCGAGGCAGUUUUUAAUUUCUGGUCAAGCUGUAAAACUGUAUGUCCACAUGGCAAAUUAGAAACUAACCCUAAGCUUAACAGACAACCUUGGGUGUAGCUCUUAAAAUAUCCACUGCAUUAACGCUUGGAUCGUGAUGAAAAGGAGCGCUGGACUUAAUACAUUCAAAUUAAACAAUGUAACCCAUUCACAUUGACAUCAUAUUUAUACUUAGACUUUCAUAGCAAAAUAAAUUACAACUUUUACAGUAUUUGUUGUCAGGAACUUUGUACAGUGUUAUCAUGGCUUUGCAGCUUUGCCAGAAAAUCAUGAAAAAGAAGCUUCUGUUUUGUUGUUGUAUUUAUUAGACUGUGAUGCAUUUGUUUUAUCUUUAUAUUGAGAAAGAAAAUGCUUGUGCGUGUGUUUUUUCAAUUCACAGAAUAGGUAUAGCACAAGGUACUGAAUUUUAUUAAAACAAGACAACACUCAGGACUUGAGGAAUAGUGUCGAGUGACAUAACUCUCCAAGAAAUGUUAAACUGCCUUUGGGAGCUCAGAACAGUGUUUACCCUGUAGUGUAAAUAAAGUUACAUUUGUAACAGCACAUAAAAAGCAAGAAGUUAUCGCACUGACAGUAUGUGGCUCCUGUUAGAGUGAUUUUAGUUUGUGUGUAAUUGGUCGGAUAAAUGGAUGUUCUUUGUUUUAUUGCAUAUUUUAUAUACACUUGCUUUGUCAUCUCAGUCCUCUAUUACGUUUAUUUUGGAAUUAUAUUGUUUUCAUAAUGCUACAGAACUGGCAUAUUGUUUAGUGGUUAUAUUUGUGGCCAUUAAAGUAUAUAAAAUUGA